GUGUAGUAACUAUUGUUUCCAAUCUGCGUUACCCACUCCAGUCAGCAGACGGCGACGAGCGUCUUUCAGGUGAUGCUUCUACCGUGACGUAUAAUGGACUGGACGGGACGCUUCUUCAGGAACAACAACACGGAUACCAUUUCAACCACGUCGGUAGCUUGCUAGCCAACAUAAAACUGAAAUAUUGACGUUUUAGGCCAUGUUAAUGUGCAUUAGCUAAUCGCAGUGUUUAAAACACAUUUCAGUUGACGUUAACUUGAACCUAAUGUGCUUGUUCAAUUUGCAAAUUUGUUAAAGAUUGAUACUGAGCCUAGCACUCGGCUAUUCGCUAAUGCUAACUAACUAGCUAACAUCCCUGACCAUGAGCUCAUUAAACUACUCAUCCCCUGCUAAAGAAGUGGAUGUCUGCUGUCCGGAGAAAGAAGCUCUGGCGCUGAACAUUGUCGUGAAAGAUGAAGUGGAGGAUAUUACAGUGAAAGGAGAGAAAGAUGCUCUGGCGCUGAACAUUGUCGUGAAAGACGAAGAGGAGAAUAUUACAGUGAAAGGAGAGAAAGAUGCUCUGGCGCUGAACAUUGUCGUGAAAGACGAAGAGGAGGAUAUUACAGUGAAAGGAGAGAAAGAACCUUUCAGAAUGAAAAAGGAGGAAGAGGAGGCUGUUAUAGGGAAAGAAGAGAAAGCAUACUCUUCCUCUCUAAAAGGUUAUGUCUCAGUAAAGGUGAAGGAGGAAGAGGUUUUGGGAGUGAAAGAGGAGGAGACAGAAUAUCAGAUUAACACCAGAGAGAGACAUGACUAUCGUGGAUCCUCUGGGGAGACUCAACAUCCUGAUGCUGACGAGGCAGAGAAGAGUCUCUCCAUUUCAGAACACCAGAUGGACAACGCUAGCCCUUCCUCCCUCCCGGAGUCCCUGUAUCGUGCCUCUCCCGGUAGCACCUUACUGCUGGGUAUAAAGAGGUUGUCUGUGCUGCUGGUGGACUGCAGGAAAACAACAGGGCUGAGUGGAACUGUGAGAGGAGGAGAAGAGAAGAAAGGAUCAGAUUUGACUCAUCAAAGUAAAAAGAAAGUUCUGGUGAAAGGAGAGGAAGAAGCUUUCAGAAUGGAAGAGGAGGCUGUCACAUUGAAACAAGAGGAUGAUAUUACAGGGAAAGAGGAAGAUGGGAAAGAGGUUGUCAGAGUGGAAAAUGAGGAGGUAGAAGCUUUCAGAAUCAAAAAGGAUGAAGAUCCCGUAACAUUGAAGAAGGAGAAUAUAGUGAAAGAAGAGGAAGAACCUUUCAGAAUCAAAAAGGAUGAAGAUCCCGUAACAUUGAAGGAGGAGAAUGUAGUGAAAGAAGAGGAAGAACCUUUUGGAGUAAAAGAGGAAGAGGAGGAUAUCUCAAUAAAAGAGGAGGAAGAUGUUUUAGGAGUGAAAAAGGAGGAGGAGUCAGAAUAUCCGAUUACCAUCCGAGAGAGACAUGACGUUCCUGGAUCCUCUGGGGAGCCUCAACAACAUCCUGAUGCUGACGAGUCAGAGAAGAGUCUCUCCAGAUCAGAACACCAGAUGGGUUACCAGGACAACACUAGCCCUUCCUCCCUCCCGGAGUCCCCGUGUCGUGCCUCUCCCGGUAGCACCUUACUGCUGGGUAUGAAGAGGUUGUCUGUGCUGCGGGUGGACUGCAGGAAAGAAAUGGGGCUGAGUGGAACUGUGAGAGGAGGAGAAGAGAAGAAAGGAUCAGAUUUGACUCAUCAAAGAGAGAGACAUGAGUAUGGUAGAUCCUCUGGGGAGCUUCAACAACAUCCUGAUGCUGACGAGGCAGAGAAGAGUCUCUCCAGAUCAGAACACCAGAUGGACAACACUAGCCCUUCCUCCCUCCCGGAGUCCCUGUAUCGUGCCUCUCCCGGUAGCACCUUACUGCUGGGUAUGAAGAGGUUGUCUGUGCUGCUGGUGGACUGCAGGAAAACAACGGGGCUGAGUGGAACUGUGAGAGGAGGAGAAGAGAAGAAAGGAUCAGAUUUGACUCAUCAAAGAGAAAGGACAGACUCGGAGGAACCAAAGCCAGGGACGUCCAAACUAGCAAGACGACACCAGUGCUUCCACUGUAGAAAGGGUUGUAACCGGUUAUGGGACCUGAAACAACAUGAGAAAAUGCACACAGGGGAGAAGCCUUACCACUGCUCCCAGUGUGGAAAGAGUUUUCACCAGAAAGCACACCUGAAAGCUCAUGAGAGAAUACACACAGGAGACAAGCCUUACCACUGCUCCCAAUGUGGAAAGUGUUUCUACCAGUCGGGGGAACUGAAUCAACAUGAGAGAAUACACACAGGAGAGAAGCCUUACCACUGCUCCCAGUGUGGAAAGAGUUUUCACCAGAAAGCACACCUGAAAGCUCAUGAGAGAAUACACACAGGAGACAAGCCUUACCACUGCUCCCAAUGUGGAAAGUGUUUCUACCAGUCGGGGGAACUGAAACGGCAUGAGAGAAUACACACAGGGGAGAAGCCUUACCACUGCUCCCAAUGUGGAAAGCGUUUCAACCAGUCGGGGGAGCUGAAUCAACAUGAGAGAAUACACACAGGAGAGAAGCCUUACCACUGCUCCCAGUGUGGAAAGAGUUUCAACCGGAAAGCGAACCUGAAAGCUCAUGAGAGAAUACACACAGGAGCGAAGCCUUACCACUGCUCCCAAUGUGGAAAGUGUUUCAACCAGAGAGUAAACCUGAAACAACAUGAGAGAAUACACACAGGAGAGAAGCCUUACCACUGCUCCCAAUGUGGAAAGCGUUUCAACCAGUCGGGGGAGCUGAAACAACAUGAGAGAAUACACACAGGAGAGAAGCCUUACCCCUGCUCCCAGUGUGGAAAGAGUUUCAGCCGGAAAGCAUUCCUGAACCAACACGAGAGAAUCCACACAGGGGAGAAGCCUUACCACUGCUCCCAAUGUGGAAAGUGUUUCAUCCGGUCAGGGGAGCUGAAACUGCAUGAGAGAAUACACACAGGAGAGAAGCCUUACCACUGCUCCCAAUGUGGAAAGCGUUUCAACCAGUCGGGGGAGCUGAAACAACAUGAGAGAAUACACACAGGAGAAAAGCCUUACCACUGCUCCCAGUGUGGAAAGAGUUUCAGCCGGAAAGCAUUCCUGAACCAACACGAGAGAAUCCACACAGGGGAGAAGCCUUACCACUCCUCCCAGGGUGCAAAGCUUUUACCCAUUUAGGAAGCCUGAAAGAACACAUUAGACUGCACACAGAGGAGAAGGUUUAGAAAAGCUCAGACUGUGGGAAAACAUAUUACUCAUAACAGUCAUUAAAACGUCAUUAGAGAAUCCACACAGGAGAGAGAAAUUACUUCUCUUAGCGUGUAUGUUGAUAUUUCACAUCACGUUGACUUAAAAUUCAUCAGAGAACAUACACAGUGCUCCCGUUGUCUUAUAUUGUUGACUGACAAUGUGUUUACCUAUUUGUUUGUUUUUAUUAGAAAACAUGAAUAUGGAGUCUGUCAGUUUGAAUAUAAAGAAGAUCAGGUUCCUUCUUUUAAACUCUUUGUGUGUGUUUAUCUGGGUGUGCCAUUCCUCCAGCACUACAGAUAAUCAAGUGAUAUUUGGAUGUGAUGCAUUUGUUCCAUUGUUGACAUCUGCAUUGUUGGCCCACUGAUGAUUUAAUGAAAUGAAAAUGUUAAUUGUUUGUGUGUCCACAUAACUGAGUAUGUGACUAACCUUGUGAAACUGUCCUAUUAUAAGCUCCUGUUCUUGGGACUAUCAUUCUGUGUUGCAAACCAGCUGCACCUGCAUCCUUGUAUGAAUAAAGUCCCUCCCAGGAACAGGAAACUAUAAAGAUAUGUGCUAAUCACUCAAUGCUUCAGGAAUUCAGACUGUCUCCACUGCACUGUGUAACUCUGUUAUUCUCUGUGAGCUCAGAAAUAAAGAAUCUUGGUUUGA